AUGUCCUCUAGAAUUAGAAAGUGCCCGUCAGGAUAUGAAAAACGUCAGAAAAAGAAAAAAAAGAAACUUGAUGAAUCUCUGAAAGGUAGUCUUGAUGUGUUUUUUGUUAAAGAACCAAAGGUUUCUUCUGAAAAUCAGAGUGUAGAUGCUAAUACUAAUGAUGUACACGACGAUGACUCUAUCCAUACUGAAACUCAGGGCGAAGAGGUUAAUGUUGUUAGUAACAUGGAUGAGGUACAUGUUGAGAAUAAUAACCCCGAUGAAGCAAAUCAUGGCGAUGAAGUACCUGCUAAUGUUGAUGUUUCUUUGCAACCUGAUAUAUUCGAUCCUCGAAAUUGGGAUGGCCUUGAUUCUAAAGCAAUUGAUAAUUUGGUAGAGAAGGGUCCUAAGAGGGCGCCUAUCCAAAAGGGCCAUAAAGAUAAACUUGGUAGGAGAUUUUCUGCUGUGUUUUAUAGUAGAGGUUUGCCAAAUGGAGAAAUGUGUGAUAGAGAGUGGCUUGUAUAUUCUAAAGAGCUCAAUAGAGUAUUCUGCUUUUGUUGCAAAAAUUUUGGGAAGGGGCGUGCUAGAGGUCAUUUGGCGAAUGAGGGAUUUAGUGACUGGAUACACCUUAGUAUCAGACUUAGAGAGCAUGAAACCGGAGCUGAACAUCUUCAAAAUAUGGUCACUUGGCAUGAGUUGCGCCUCAGGUUGCAACAGAAUAAAACUAUUGAUAGCGCUGCUCGACAACAACUUGAGAAAGAAAAGGACCAUUGGCGUAAAGUAUUGCUUAGAAUUCUCUUGAUUGUUAAAUUUCUUGCGAAACAUAAUCUAGCCUUUCGUGGUACUAAUUCCAAAUUGUAUCAAGAUAGCAACGGAAAUUUCUUAGGCUUGGUUGAAAUGUUGGCUGAGUUUGACCCGGUUAUUCAAGAACAUGUUCGUCGCAUAACAAAUGAUGAAACUCAUACUCAUUACCUUGGUCAUGGCAUCCAAAAUGAGUUAAUACAUUUGAUUGCUUCUGCAAUUAAAUCUGAGAUCAUUAAAAAAAUAAAAGAAGCAAAAUAUUUCACGGUGAUACUUGAUUGUACCCCUGAUGCGAGUCACCAAGAACAGAUGUCUUUGAUUAUACGGUAUGUUGAAACAUCUUCAAGUUCUGUUUCCGUUGUAGAAUCCUUUUUAGGAUUUUUGGAUGUAAAUGAUACCACUGGAAAAUGA